CAAGCCUGCUCCCGCUGGGCUGCCUCGCAGGGGUGGGACCAUGGCUGGGCCCCCCCUAGCUCAGCGCUACGGUCCCCCAUGGCCCCCAAUCUCUGGGACCGAGGUGCCUGGAUCCUGGCCCAAAUGGCAUCUCACCAGCAGUGGUGUCGCCCACCACUUUAUCCCGUCUGUUCCCUUUCCUCCGCCCACUGUGCAGUCCACGGUCGCGGAACCCCUGCCCCCGGCCGCAAAGCAGGGCUUACACAUCUGGGAUUUUGACGAGGUCGUCAGCAGAUGGGACACAACCUCUGGCUCGGCUUCCGUGCCUAAGACUCACGGCGGGCCCUACGCACAGCCCAGGGCCCCAGAGCCUUCGGACCCCAGGCGGACUUUGGGGAUCAAGGAUUUAGGAGAAAAGCUCAGACACCACGGCUGGCGCCUCCCGCCGAUCGCAGAGCGCCAGUGCAGCGAGACGCGGGCUCAGUACGCCGGCCGCCCGGGCCUGGACCGGCAGCCCCUGGAGCCUGCGGACGACCACCGCGGAGGCCCCUCCCAGGCUUUAAUCUCCUGGACAAAGAACCCCGAGCUGUGCGGCCGGCCUUUUACAGUAUCUGACCAGGGCGUCCUGGACCGCCAUCAGCUCUAUCUGACCACCUCGGCCAAGGACUUCCGGGCCUAUCCGAAGAAGGAGUUGUCUGGAUAUCCCCGCAAGGACUCGCUGACCUCCUGGAGCUUUCAGAAUACGCCUCAGGUCUGGGGCCAGGACCCACAGCAUCCGCCCUGUCCGCACUCCUCUCGACCGCCAGGGAUCCGCGUGCCCCACGUCCACCCGGUGACCCUGGCGGUGCCGCACCGUGGGGCGUUGUCUCUGGCUCAGGAGUCCUACAGACCCCCGCUGCACCCAAUCCUCCGGCUCGACCGUUUCUGUCCGCUGCAGCUGCCCUGGGUUGGCCCCCACUGGAAGCCGGUGUCGGGCAUCUACAGCGUGCCACUGGCCUACCGCACGGAGAACUCCUGCUACGGCAGCCAGAAGCCAACCCCAAUCUGAGCCGGCAGCGCCAGCCCCGCCCAGAACACGCCCCCCUGGCGGGGGCGGAGCCCGGCCUGGAAGACAGUGGCUGGGGGGCGCGCCGGGUGGGGCUAAGGCCAGGAAACCCGCUUAUCACACCAGGACCCGCCCACGAGGCGUGAGCGAGACGAAUCUCACACCAGACUGAGGAGGGUGACCGGGUCGGGGACGAGGAUGGGUGCUGAGGCUGGAAAAUAUACUUUGGGGCAGUGGGCUCACGGGCGGGGCACACCCUCUGAGACAGAGGGGGCAGUUUACCUUAGUCAACGACAGAGUUAAAAUAGCCUUAACCAUG